AUGUAUUCGGCUAUUAUUCGUCUUUUCAUUGUCCUUAGUAUCGCUCUGACCGUAUGCGAGGCUACCUAUGUUCGAUGUUCUCGAAGAGUUCCUAUUUACUCGUGUGCAAAAAUGAGCUGCUCUGUAGUUGGCGAUGCUGUCACCAACGAGCACUAUCCAUGUGAUUGCUUUGAAAUCAAGAAAGUUUCGGGUAUAAAGCAAACAUGGUUUAAGAUCGAAUUACGCAAUGGAAAACAUGGCUAUGUAACCGACCACCACUGUUCAGGUGCUGUUCCACAUUGUGAAUGGUAG